UCUCUUUCCCUGCAGAUUUUUACCUGCUGUUCCUGGCGAUGUGCGGAAGAGUCGCCGCUUUUCCCGUGUUGGAGCUGGUGGAUGCGGCGGGGCGGUUACAGACCCCCGCCCUGGGCUGUGCAACCUGCGCCCCCCUGGCGCUGCAGAUACGGAGCACAACGGCAGCGCUGCGGGACACCCAGCUGUGCGAGUUUUUCUCCUUCUGUGACGGGGACCAGGGCUCGUUGCUCACUUACGACUUCAACCUGCCGCAGAUCCGAGCUCAGGACAGAUGUACAAGCAGCAGUUUCCACAAGGAAACAUGCCUCAGAGCUAUUGCAACAGGUCUCCAGAAAUACAACCCAUUUUUAUUAUCGGUGGAAACAUCCAUCUUGAGCUCAAACGAUCAAAUGACAUGGGUGCGAUCCAGCGCCCAGCGCCUGGCCGAACUGUUAAUGCACCAGUUGAAUGUCGAGUUUGGCAUCAGUGGUGUGGACGAGAGCGAGUUGGAGGUUUCUGUGUUUGACUCGGUGCCAAAAUCAGACUGGAACAGACAAGUGAACGUGCAUGUCACCCUACGAGACUUCACCCGGUUCAUGGAGAAAUCAUCCCGAGCCCUUCGCUUCAUGAGUUCAGUAACGAAUUUGUGAACUUAGACAACAAAACCCUCAUUGUAUGAAUGUUAUAGUUCAAUAUAGGGUACACAAAUCUACAGUAAAAGUAGAUGAAUGUUGUUCUGUAAGAGAACUGAUUAGAUAAUGGAAGUGCCCUGCACUCUCAUUGUAAAGUUAAAAGCUAGAUGCUUUUUCAUUGCACCAGUUUUAAUUAUAAUAUUUGUUAAAAGAGCAUUUCAUAAGAUUGUUAGGAAAGUAUUUGAAUAUUAUUGGCAAAUCUGUGAGAUAAUUUAUCAAUUUACACUGUUGUAAAAUUAUAGAACACAGCCGAACAUCAUUUGUGUAAACCUACAGUGACAAAAAUGUUUCCAAGCAUUCCCAAAUGGAAAUUCCCAAUAAUGGUUAAACCCUGAAAACGUUUUAGAUUGUCAAUAGGUAGUGAUAAAAUAAUUUAAUAAUUUAAUAUUGUUAAUGCUUCAUUGUUAAUUUAAUAUUUAUUAUAUUUAUUAUAUAUUAUUACAGAAUCCUAACUUUGAAAAAUAAUUUAAGUUAUUAAUUAUGUUGUAUCUAUUUCCUCAUAGUUAAACAUGCCAGAUUUUUGUUUUGUAUGUCCAAUAAAUAUUUAAUUUUAUUUAUUGAAAGAAUGUUGUUGGAAAAUUUUAUGUAAUGUAAAAAUGCAAAAUUUAUAAACCU